AGGGAAACCGCGGAUCAUGUGACCCGGUCCCACAACAGCGAUGAUGGCGACCGGGAAUACGCGGAGCGGCGGGUUCCUCGUGCUGUGUGCCGUCAUUGUAACGUGUUCCGCGGAUCCCGGGCACAGACAGCUUUUCAUACAGGUGAAUCCUGGCUCGAAUUCGACCCCUCCCCUUGGCGACCUGCUGCACGUGAGAGCAGUGGGAGACAAUGACACGCUGCAUUUCCUGUUCUGCAGCCAGGGGGCACCAACGCUGCUGUUCGUCCACACCAACUCCUCUUCUUCUAAUGUCCAGGUGAACUGGACUCAGUUUCUGGCUCCUAACACCAGUGGCAGCCUGAAGGUGGAGCCAGAAAGCAGCGUGCUAUACAGCAGUGCCAUCGUCUUCAGCCGGCUGUUGGAGUAUGAUGACGUGAACAACACGGCUGAGCCGACCUCUGAAUUCUUCCCACCGUACGACCUACAGAACUUCACCUGGAACCGCCUCAACCUGUCUGGUCACACGGCGCUGCUCUGUGGUGCCGACGCCUCCUUCACCAAUGGCUCGCUCUGCCUGCAGCUGUCAGUGUUUGACUCUGAGGGGCGGAGCCAGUCCUUGCCCCACCUACUGCACUCUGUUAACUCCUCCCAGUUGGAGCUGCGGCUGGAUGGCGUGCCGGCCCGAGCUGCUCAGUCCAGGUUCCUGCUGGAGCUGCAAGCAGUAGGUGGAGAUUAUCCUCUGAGCAGAAUGGAAGUCCACGAAUCAAUUGACGAUGAGUACACACCAUCGAUAUUCAAGGUGUCCCGGUGGGUGUCAUCAGUGAACGGCAGCUCCGACGUUCUGGGCUUCGCGCAGUGGAAGCCGGUGGCGUACCGUCAUGACUGCCCAGCUCUGGAGGACGCCACACCGUGCCGUCACUCAGCACCGCGGGCUCAGAGUGGAGCGGCAGUGAUGGCCGCGUCCGGUCUGAUCAGAGGCUUCUUUUCGGACCCAGAGAGUGUGGCACUGAACGUGAGCUUCGGUCUGGCUGGGGAACCAUUCUACAACAGCACGCACUUCCUCAGCUGGACGCUUCUGGUGGGUGUUGGCUCCCCUCCUGUCGACUUCUUCUCUCCGCUGGUUGUUGCCAUCAUGGCGGUCGGUCUGGGUACUCCCCUGAUCCUCAUACUGGUGGGUGGAGUCUGGGUCUGUGUCCAUAAGAGGAGGGCAGCAGCGUCCUACGAGCCAAUCAACUGAUGGCCAGCCAGUGAAGUGCCAGAGACCCUUUUGACAUUUUAGAAACAGAUGACAUCAUGGUGAUGUUCCCACCAAUCAGGACGCAGCAGAGUCUGUUUACCUGUUUCUGUUUUUAGAGGCAGUCAGUACAUCUGAUCAGUGAUUGGUCAGAGCUUCCUCUCUCCUCCUCAUCGAUUUCUCUGAGUCAAACUUCUACCUCGAGGCUCACCACCUUGUAGCCAUCUUGAAACACCUGUGGGCUGUUAUGUAGGUGGCUAUUCUGAAGCUUUCUUUUAGUUUCAAUAGUUCAAAAACAAUCUGAUUUGAA